AUGAAGGGGAACACUGUAAGAGUUGCAACUGACCCAAUAACCGACCUCCCAAACAACAUAAUCGACACAAUCCUCAGCUGUCUGCCCUUACGUGAUGUGGUCCGAACGAGCAUCCUAUCCCGCCAGUGGCGCCACAAGUGGGUCUCGUGCCCCGAGCUCGUUUUCGACUUCUGGUUCGAUCAGAUGUUCCUCGGCGGCCACCAGCUCGAGCCCCUUGUCUACCAAAUACUGGAACUCCACCGGGGCCCACUCCUCAAGUUCGUCCUCCAGGUACCGGACCUGAAGAGCAGUCCCGAUAUUGACCAGUGGGUGAACCUCCUGCCAGACAGGACCCUACAGGACCUAACCCUUCAUGUCUCAAGGGGAGAGACCCAUAGGCUGACCCCGGAUUUGUUCAGGUUCAACAAUUUGAGACAUUUGAAGCUUUAUAAUUGUGUUUUUGAUCCGGUGCCCGGGUUUAAGGGAUUUGGGAAAUUGACGAGCCUCGAGCUCCAACGAGUGGAGCUCGUUCCGGAUAAAUUUGGGGAAUUUAUCGGUUCGUGCACUUCUCUCGAGAGGCUGAGGCUGGUCCAGUGCACGAGCUUUGACCGAUUGGAGAUUAAUGGGCCCCGGUUGGAAUCUUUUGAGUUUCACGGGGUGUUUAAGUCGGUGGUGUUUGAGAAAUGCUCCGUCUUGAGGGAUGUGAAGCUGACUUUCUCGUCCAUGGAGUUUAAGAGCGGGAAUCGGUUCUCGUUGGAUUUGUUUAAGUCGUUGAGCACGUUGCCUGCGCUCGAGGACCUGCAGUUGCAAGCUUAUGCUUUGGAGGACCUUGUUGAGAAUGGUGCACCAGAAAAGCUGCCCCUUUCGCUGAGAAUGCUUAAAAACCUUCACCUUUCGGAUAUGUAUUUCGAAAAGAUUGAGGAGAUAUCGUGUGCCAUUUGCUUCAUUCGAAGCUGCCCCAAUUUACAGAGGCUUAAGAUCACUGCUUUCACGUUGGACGUUGUGGAUUCCGUUGCGGACUUCCUCCGGUCACAAAGAAGCUCCGAGACUUUUACGCAGCUGAGAACGGUGAAAAUGCAAUUAUUUUCUGGAAUUGAGGCCGAAAUGGAAUUUGUGAAAUAUCUACUGGCAUCGGCCGCGGCACUGGAGGAAAUGACGAUAACGCCCCACGGUGGUAGUGUGACCGAUGGCGGAGAGUCCAUACUGAAGGAGCUGAAGCAGUACCCUCGAGCAUCACCGACUGCUGAGAUAUUCAGUUCGGAGAAAAAUUACAGGAGGAAGCAGGUUUAG